UUUUGAACACAUUGGUUUUGGUGAGGAUUCGUCUUGGUUCUGUGCUGUCGUUGCAGCAAUGCACUCGCUUUUCUAUGUCUUAUUCCAUCCGCUAAGGACGCUCAACUUAUGGCUCGAAGACGAUCCAAACGCCAGCAUCGUCGAUGUAUUAUACCUCUUCACCACGUUUUCAGCCUUUGGUAUAUGGUUGGUAUUUGACAGAUACCAGAAGGCAGUCAAUAGCGCAGUGCCUUUCCGCUAUGCUGCUCCAGAGGCAGCGGACCCUAACUGGCACUCGCGCGUGAUACCCAACGCCAAUAUCCGCUCGCAUCUCCAAGAGCCCGACCUCCUCCCUCUCCAAUUCGGAGGCGAGCGCGAAUAUAUCACGUGUUUUGACCCUGCCAACAACCUGCACCUCAAUUCCAUAAUGGCGGACGAAGCACUGUCAAUCGAGGCAAAGAUCAAACGCGCGAAAAAUGCCCAGGUCAAGUGGUGCGAGACGUCGUUUUCGGAGCGGCGACGCGUCAUGCGCAGCUUACUGAGGUGGCUGGUGGAGAACCAGGAGGUAUGCGCGCGGGUCGCGUGCCGCGACACGGGAAAGACUCUGGUUGACGCGGCUUUGGGCGAGAUAUUAACGACGUGCUCAAAAUUAGAGUGGUUGAUCAACCAUGGAGAGCGCGCUUUACGAACGGAAACGAGAUAUUCGAAUUUGAUGAUGAGUUACAAGAAGUCACAGGUCAUUUACGAACCCAAAGGCGUUGUGUCUGCUAUCGUAUCAUGGAACUACCCUCUUCAUAAUGCUUGGUCACCAAUUAUUGCAUCUAUCUUUGCUGGAAAUGCUAUCGUGCUCAAGGCUUCUGAACAUGUUAUUUGGUCUACGGAAUGGUUUGUUGGCGCUAUUCACAAGUGCUUAGAGGUUCUGGGAUAUGACGCUGACAUUGUCCAGACUGUUUGCUGCUGGCCCGAUCAAGCUGAGGCUUUGACCAGGUCCCCUCUUAUCAAGCACAUCACUUUUAUUGGCUCAGAGGAAGUCGGAAGAAAGGUCGCCAUUGCUGCCACUGAACACCUCACACCCGUCACUCUUGAACUUGGCGGAAAGGACCCUGCUAUCAUACUACCAGACACGGACCUCCAAAAAUGGGCUAGCAUCUGGAUGCGCGGUAUAUUCCAAAACUCCGGUCAGAACUGCAUCGGUAUUGAGCGUCUCAUUGUGCACUCGGCACAACACGACGAGUUGUAUGAUAUCCUGACGGACCGCGUCGCCAAGCUGCGCUUUGGGUCUGUGCUGGCGCCUACACGGGAAGGUUACAUCAACACUGUGGAUUGUGGCUCCAUGAUCAGUAAUGACAGGUUCAAUGCGCUCGAGCAACUUGUUUUCCAGGCACAGGAAGACGGUGCAAAAGUUGAUAUCGGUGGAAAGGAGCUCUUGCAUACGUCGUGUGAAGGGAAAUCAUUCUUCCAAGCAACAGUGGUAGGCGAUACCCAGCCCAACUCGAGAAUCGCACAGGUGGAAUUGUUUGCCCCGAUUGCGCUGCUCAUUCGGUACGAUGAUAUUGAUGAAGCGAUCACUAUCGCAAAUGGAACGCGGUACGGACUUGGCGCCAGCGUCUUUGGACCUCAUCAGGACCUGUGCAUUGAAGUCGCGAGGGAGCUUCGUUGUGGUAUGGUAUCUAUUAAUGACUUCGGAGUGUUCUAUGUGAGUCUCAGCCAAGACCUGCCAUUUGGAGGCACGAAAGCCAGUGGAUACGGACGGUUCGGUGGCCCUGAAGGACUUCGUGCGCUGACGAACCCUAAAGCGAUUGUCACCGACCGCUGGCCGUCGUUUGCGCAGACCAGUAUACCCAAAGUGCUGGACUAUCCCAUACGCUCACUCGUGCGGAGCUGGGACUUCGUUCAUGGUCUGACUAUGCUGCUAUAUGCUGAUGGAUAUCGUGCGCGGUUCAAUGGGUUGUUACAACUUUCCAAGGCUUCUCGCCGAUGAUUUAUUUCCGAUUUACUAUGAUAAUUCCCCAUAUACCAGGAACUGAAUUGUAUUUUUUUUGAUAGUAAUCACCUUGGUCUACGUGAUUCAUGGGCCUGACUUCGUAAGAGAAUCCC